AUGUUAACAUCACUAUCUGGCUGGAUCACUACCCUUUCUCUCAUCUUUGGCGGCUGCUGUAGCAAUGCAAUCACUCUGGAACAAAUCACAUCGCAGAACCCACACGCUGGAUCUAUAUUGACCUUUUUGCAAUUUUUAAUCAUUGCGCUUCACGGACUACCAACCUUCCUAAUAUGGACACGGCUAGGUCCCAGGUUUAAACCGCGAAGAGUUCCGAUCACUGCAUAUAUCGUUCAAGUCGCGUUGUUUUACCUCAUUUCUCUGCUCAACAAUGCAGCAUUUGCAUACCAAAUUCCUAUGGCCGUCCAUAUCAUCUUUAGAAGUGGGGGUCUCAUGAUAAGCUUGUUAUUUGGAUGGUUAAUAUCGAAGAAGAGAUACACGGCGACCCAAGUUCUCUCGGUCUUUUUGGUGACUUUGGGGGUUAUUCUGACGACCUUCUCUGCCCAGCCUUCAUCGAAAGGAAAGAUGACUGCAGACACAUAUACAUAUUCCAAAGGCAUUGGAAUCUUGACAUUAGCCCUUGUCCUUUCAGGUGCAUUAGGAUUGGUACAGGAUUGGUCGUUCACUAAAUACGGACGACCAACCCUUACUUCUAAAUCCUCAGACAUCCCACCUCAGUGGAAAGAGUCUAUGUUUUACCUUCAUCUCCUUGGUCUUCCUAUGUUUCUACCUCUUCUACCAAAGCUCGCAGGCCAAAUGCACGAGCUCAGCGUAGGCCCGCGAUCUCAAUUUGACUUUCCUAUUCCCAUUCCGACUACGGCAAACCUAACAACUGCAUUCCCCAUGAAUAUCAUCCCACCAUAUUCUCUCCCUCGCCUCCCGAUUCAGAUCUUUCAACAAUCAGAAAACGCUUCACUGUUAUCAAUCACUCAAGAUGCCAACUCCAACGCGAACGCGAUCCUCGUAUCUGUUUCUCUUCCGCAUAUCUACUUACCCCUUGUGUUGAACACCGUGACACAGCUUCUCUGCGUCGCGGGCGUGCACAGGCUGACGACGCGUGUCAGCGCAUUGACCGUCACCCUCGUCCUCGUCGUGCGGAAGGCUGCGAGCCUCAUCAUCAGUGUGAUUGGUAUAUCCAAAGUCGGCGCAGAAACUUGGGAUCUUACAAUCCGCGGUCUCAAGUACAUCGCCUCGUCGCUUGGAUUGACCAUCCUCGAGGACGGUUGGUCGGCGAAUAUGUUUGGAACGGAUCUCCGUUCUGUUAUGAGCUCGGUUGGUGGGACGCUAGUGGGCGUGGAGACUACAAAGCGCCGCCCACAGGUCGAUAACAGGAUGAUGUGGGCGGGCGCGUUCUUGGUUAUGCUGGGGACUGUCGGCUAUACUAUCGGUAGUCAGAAGAAAGAACCGGUGAAAGAAAAGAAAAAGGUAGAAUAG